AUGCACUGUGAUGUGCCUAAAAACAUUCAACUAGCACAAUCAAUUAUUGUUUUAAUGAACGUUGUUUCAGAUACUGCCUAUAAUUAUAACACUGAGGAACCCGUUGGCAAAGUGAUCAAUAAGUGGAUCGAAUCAGGAAAUAUUAAGAGAGAAGAAUUAUUUAUCACAACUAAGCUGCCAGUGUUCGGAAACAGACCUAACGAUGUAGAAAAAUACCUCAAAAUGUCACUAAGUCGAUUAAAUCUUAAUUACGUGGAUUUGUACCUUAUACACAUGCCUUUUAGCUUUCACAGUAAUAAAGAAAUGUCAGCGCCUUUAGUAAAUGAAGAUGGUUCAUUUAGCGUGGAUAACAAUAGUGAUCUUAUAGCCACAUGGAAGGAAAUGGAAAUCCAAGUCAAAAAUGGCUUGACCAAAGGUAUCGGUCUCUCAAACUCAAACCUAGAACAAGUAAAAAGAAUAUGCAGUGUAGCAGAGAUAAAACCAGUGGUAUUACAAGUUGAACUUCACGCAUAUUUACAGCAGAAGGAAUUGAGAGAUGCUUGUAAAGCGAUGAACAUAGCAGUAACAUCUUUUGCAACUCUAGGAAGUCCUGGAACAGAUCAACACUUUUCUAAAAAAUAUAAUCAUGCAAUUGAUAAUUAUCCGGAUAUUUUGGGGCUGCCGCUAGUCAAAAACCUGGCUCAAAAAUACAACAAAGCACCUGGUCAAAUUUUACUAAAACAUUUUAUUCAACAAGAUGUCUCUGUAAUCCCAAAAAGUAGAAAUCCUGAAAGAAUCAAAUCGAAUAUUGACCUCUUUGAUUUUGAAUUAUCACCAGAGGACCUUCAACAAUUAAAUGAGCUAGAUAAAGGGGAAGAUAGUAGAAUAUUUACUUUUAUUUUUUUCAAAGGAGUGGAAAAUCAUCCAGAAUAUCCAUUCAAGUAG